UCACUAUGAGUGUAUAAAUAGGAUCAAGCAACUUCGCCAAUAGCACCCACAAGAUAAUUAAUCUCAUGAUAACCCUUUUCUUUUCUUGAUUAAUUUAUAUUAUCUUGUUUCGUAUCUAUGGGUUCAAGAAAGUUCAUCCUGGUUGCACUUUCACUAGCGCUGGUUUUGAAGGUGUCUCAGUGUUUUGAAUACCGCGAGGAGGACCUCAUUGCAGAAGAGAGUCUCUGGAAUUUAUAUGAGCGAUGGAGGAGCCACCACACAGUUUCUCGCAGCUUGACCGAUAAACAGCAGCGUUUCAAUGUGUUCAAGGAAAACUUGAGGCAUAUCCACGAGGUGAACCAAAAGGAUAAGCCUUACAAACUGAAAUUGAAUAAGUAUGCUGAUAUGACUAACCAUGAAUUCAUGAAACACUAUGGAGGCUCGAAGGUUAGCCACUACAGGUCACUCCAUGGAUCCAGGCUACAAACUGGGUUCAGAUAUGAGAACACUGAUCUCCCACCAUCAGUUGAUUGGAGGAAGAAAGGAGCAGUCACUGGCGUCAAGGACCAAGGCCAUUGUGGUAGCUGUUGGGCAUUUUCAAGUGUAGCUGCAGUGGAGGGUAUUAACAAAAUCAAAACAGGAGAAUUAGUGUCUCUAUCUGAGCAGGAGCUAGUUGAUUGCAACUCUGUUAACCAUGGUUGUAACGGAGGAUUAAUGGAAGUGGCAUUCAAGUUUAUUGAGAAAAAUGGUGGCUUAACAACGGAGAAUAACUAUCCUUACAUCGCAAGAAAUGGAUCUUGUGACUCAAACAAGAUGAAUAGUCCUAUGGUGACCAUUGAUGGGUAUGAAAUGGUACCGGAAAACGAUGAGAAUGCAUUGAUGAAAGCUGUUGCAAACCAACCUAUAGCAAUUGCAAUGGAUGCUGAUGGCAACGAUAUUCAGUUCUAUUCUGAGGGAGUAUUCACUGGACACUGUGGGAGGGAGCUAAACCAUGGAGUGGCACUUGUGGGAUAUGGAGCAACUCGAGAUGGGACAAAGUACUGGAUAGUGAAGAAUUCAUGGGGACCUGAAUGGGGAGAAAAUGGAUACAUCAGGAUGCAACGAGGGAUUGAAGCAGAGGAGGGAUUGUGUGGUAUAACAUUGGAGGCCUCCUACCCUAUCAAGCAGCAGUCAGACAAUAAACAGAAAGCAACCUCUCAUCGUAGGGAUGAACUUUAGUUCAUCAGCAUAGAUACAUGUCCAAAUAAUAAUAGAUCACAAAAACAUAAGUUUCUUAAAUUAUAUUAUGUUUGUUUUUAAGUUGAGAGUUGGAGUUGGAUUUGUUUGUCAUGUUUGUGUCUUAGCUAAGAUCAAAGUGCUCUUAAACUAGGGAUGAACUUUAGUUCAUCAGCGUAGCUAGAUACAUGUCCAAAUAAUAGAUCAACAAAACAUAAGUUUCUUAAAUUAUUUUAUGUUUGCUUUUAAGUUGAGAGUUGAAGUUGGAUUUCUUUGUCAUGUUUGUGUGUUAGCUAAGAUCAAAGUGCUCAUAUACAUGAGAAGAUCAAAGUGCUCAUAUAUAUGAGAACCUCUAAUGUUCGAAUCAUAAUAAAAGUUUCUUUUUUUUU